AUCCGCGCCGAUCGAACAGGAGGCACCAGUCGCCCCUCUGUGUUGACCAGGUCUCUCUCUGCCGGCACCCUUGCUUUACCUUCCACGUGACACCGUGAGCGGUUCUUCCGUCGACGACGUCCCACCAUGUCCAGCGAGUUCCUAGGCAAGCGUUACAAGCUGUCCAACAGCGAGAACUUCGACGAGUUCAUGAAGGCGCUCGGGGUAGGUAUGGUGACGCGCAAGAUGGGUAGCAGCGUCAGCCCCGUCGUCGAAUUGACGGAGAAAGACGGAAUGUACACCCUGAAGACCACCAGUACCUUCAAGAGCACGGAGAUCAAAUUCAAACUCGGCGAGGAGUUCGACGAGGAGACCGCGGACGGCAGAAAAGUGAAGAGCGUCUGCACUUUGGAGGGUAACAAGCUCAUGCAGCUACAGAAGGGCGAGAAGGACACGACGAUCGAGAGGGAAUUCGGGCCGACGGAAAUGAAAGCGAUCAUGAAGGUUGACGACAUAGUCUGCACGAGGGUAUACAAGCUCCAGGAGUAGAGAUGCCAAAGCUGAACAGCGUGCACAACCCCAUGCGUGUGCUUCUAGAAGCACUAUUAUAAGAAGACGUGUAAAUUAUUGUUUAAAAUCCUGUCGUUUGUACGCGAAUACAGUGCUCGUGCGCCGAUGUAUAGAGCAUUACAUCAUCACACGGGUAUAAAGUUAAUCGUUCACGUGUCGAAGAGUAAUUGAAACGAUUGCGGGAAAGGGUUGUCUUUCUAACGCAAUUGGGAUUCGCACAUUUUCUAUGUAUGUAUUUGUAAAAUGAGUGUAGCAGAUGACACAACCAUUCGAGAUGUGCACAUUUUCCGAUGUAUUUAUGUACCGCGCGUUACAUGGCGAGGUACGUGAUACUCUCAGUGGAUUAUGAUUCAUGUACGGCAAUCGCUGUAUUACCUAUUGUAUGAAUAUUUGCUAUGUGCUUCUUUUUCUACGGAUGACUAAUAGAAAUAUACACGCAUUUACAUCACA